AUGAAGUAUUGUACACCUUCAGCAAGGACGAGGCUGACGACGAGACUAGCGGCCGCUGCGCCCAUUGAGGAAGCUAUUGGUAACAUGCAGUCUGAUAUCGACAAUGCGUCAGCUGUAGGAAUUCAUCCAACGAGUGGCCACGCUCAAUCAAAGUCCCGUCAAAGGAUGCGUCCCAUGCACUGUGUUCGCAAAAUCCUUGGCUCCGAUACUUCACGGGAUAUUGGUCUCGAGCUAUUGAAGCUUGCAGGUCUCUUACUAAAGGAAGCAUCGCAAAUGACACAAGGCGUUCCAUACGUUGAGUGCCUUUCCAGUAUUAUUGACUACGUUGUCAAAGCCACCAAGCAUCAACAACACUUUCAGGAGCUGCAGACGGUUGAAACGACAUUACGUUCCUUGGGAGACAGAAUUGUGCGCCUGCAAGAAAUCGUUCUCGGCGUAUACGAGGACAGCAAUAACGACGUCAACUUCUCCGAAGACAUGAGAACCUUUUUCAGACACCUCGAGGAACAACUGUCCCUGAUCAUCGAGGUUCUAUCCUGGUACAGCACGUCUCCGGUCAAACGGUUCUUGAAGCGUAGGAACAUCAUCGACGAUCUCCAGAAGUGUGAGAAGGAUGUCACCAUGACGGUGGAAGAGUUUAAUACCCGUCUCAACAUUCGGCAGAUUGUUGUUUCUCACAACACACACCGCUCACUAUCUGAAGUGAAGCUUACGCUGGAGGCUCCGGAGGUCUCCACUUUAAGGAUGUACGGAUACCUCACUUACUUACAUGAACUGCAGACGGAUGAUCCUCCAGAUAUGGACAUGCAUGCCAUUAUCUACGGAUAUGGCCCUCAAUUGAAUCCGGGCGACAUCAUAUACUGUACUAGCCUCUUAUUUUUGUAA